AUGAGUCCGGAAAAGCGGCGGGAGGCAAAAGAUGAGGUGGACUCCGUUCUUCUUUCUGCGUCCAAGAUCCUGAAAUCCUCUGAGGGCGUGAGGGACAGCGGUGGCAGUGAAGCAGAAUAUGGCUGCCUAUCAGAGUCAGAAAAUCAAAUCCAACCACAAUCAGCACUUAAAGUCCUUCAGCAUCAGUUGGAAUCAUUUCAGGCUCUGCGAAUGCAGACUUUGCAGAAUGUUAGCAUGGUACAGUCUGAAAUCAGUGAAAUAUUGAAUAAAAGUAUUAUUGAAGUAGAAAACCCACAAUGUAGCUCAGACAAAAAUCUAGUAUUCAGCACACGCAUUGAAAAGGAUUUGCCUAUGGAGAAUCAAAAAGAAGUCCUCUCUGUGGAGAAAAUGCAUCAUUUUGAAGAUUCCAGGACUCUUCAUUCAGUGGAAGAAAAUUUCAGUAAUAAUAAUGUUAAUGGUCUUUCUCAAAGUAUAAAUAUUCCAUCCCAGAUACACUUUAAGGACAUAAUAACCCCAAGAACUUCAACAGACAGUUCAUCUUCAAACAUAAUUAUAAAGCCUUUGGAAAAUUCUGAAGCGUUGAAGAGUUAUAAUAACCUUUAUAGUUUUCUACGUACUGUACCUCAAAAUGUGGUGUCUCAAGCUGAUACAGUAAUUCUGGAUAAAUCCAAAAUUACUGCACCUUUUCUCAAGCAUGGAUUUUGUGAAAAUUUGGAUGAUAUUUGCUAUUCUAUCAAACAAAUGAAGGAAGAGCUUCAAAAGUCACAUGAUAGGGAAUUAGCACUUACUAAUGAACUUCAAAUGUUAAAAACUGAUACAAAUAUUCAAAGUAAUAGUAAAUAUGACCCGCCCCCUAUUCACAAGGAAAAAAUUAAUUUUAUUAAGGAAGAAAACACAGAAGGUAACUUACAUGAAGAUAUAAAAUCAAAGAGGAUUUCGGAAUUAGAGGCAUUAGUAAACAAAUUACUCCCACUCAGGGAAACUGUGUCAAAAAUCCAUGUGAAUUUUUGUAGGAAAUGUAAAAAGUUAUCUAAGAGUGAAGCACACAGGGGAAGAAAGAAUGAGAAAAACAAUAAAGAAAUUCCUAUCACAGGCAAGAGUAUUACAGAUUUAAAAUUCCAUUCCAGACUACCAAGACAUACAUUGUCAUUCCUUGACCAAACAAAACUUGAAAUGAAAGACAAGGAAAGGCAGCCAUUUGUAGCAAAACAAGGAUCAAUAAUAUUUGAAAAUGAGAAAACAUCCAGAGUCAAUUCUGUCACUGAACAGUGUGUUGCAAAAAUUCAGUACUUACAGAAUUACCUAAAAGAAUCUAUGCAGAUACAGAAAAAAGCCACAGAACUGGAGAAUGAAAAUCUAAGCCUUAAGUCCAAAAUAAAACCUCUUGUCUUGACCACACAAUCGCUGAUACAGAAAAUCGAAACAUAUGAAAAGCAGCUUAAGGAUCUUGUAGAAGAAAAGGAUAGUAUUCAAUCUAAGUUAAUUAAAACAGAAGAAGAUGGCAAGGAGUGUCUUAAAGAAUUAAAAAAAAUAAUAAGUAAAUAUAAUAUUCUCCAGGGCCAAAAUAAAACUCUAGAGGAAAAAAAUAGCCAGUUCUCCUUGGAGAAGCAGCAAAUGAUAGAAGCAUUAGAUCAGCUAAAAAGCAAGGAACACAAAACUCAAAGUAACCUGGCCAUUGUCAGUAAUGAAAACAAUCGAAUUAGUAUAGAAAUGGAAGCAAUGAAAACAAAUAUUCUGUUGAUUCAAGAUGAGAAACAAAUGUUAGAGAAAAAAGCAUACCAGCUUCUCCAGGAAAAAAGCUCACAUGAAAACGAAAUAAAAGAAAAGCAGCUAGAGAUAAUGCAGCUGAAAGAGAAAGAGAAAUUAGCAAAAACAGAACAAGAGACACUUGUUCACAUCAUAGAAACAGUUAACAAUGAAAAACUUAACCUUGAAACAACAUUACAAGAAUCUAUUGCUGCUAGACAAAUGCUGGAAAGAGAAAUUGAGAAUAUUCAAGCCUACCAGUCUACUGCAGAAGAGAAUUUUCUGAAAGAAAUAAAAAAUGCAAAAUCAGAAGCAAGUAUUUAUAAGAGCAACUUGACAGAAAUCGGCAAGGAAUGUGAAAUGUUAUCACAAAUGGUAAUGGAGAUUAAAAGAGAUAAUGAGAUUCUAAAAGAAGAACUCAAGAAACAUAGCCAAGAAAAUGUAAAAUUUGAAAACAGCAUCAGUAGACUUACCGAAGACAAAAUACUUUUAGAAAACUAUGUAAGAAGUAUAGAAAAUGAAAGGGAUGCCUUAGAAUUUGAGAUGCGGAAUCUUCAACGAGAAUAUUUAAGUUUAAGUGAUAAAAUCUGUAGUCAGCAUAAUGAGCUACCAAAAACAGUUUACAUUUCAAAGAGAGAGAAAUUCCAUUUUGGCAACUAUGAUACUUAUGAGAACGUGUCCAGGCCUAGGAGUAGGCCAUUAGCUCCUGAUUUGAAAGGAACUUCAAGUAAACUGUAUCAAUUGUUUCCAUCCAAAAUAUGUAAAUAA